AUGGACGCGUCUUUCUAUGCGCCCAUCGCUCUUGCGGCUUUCUCCCUUUCCUUAGCAUUCAUCUUCCGCAGGUACUUGACCCAAUCUCCCCUGGACAACUUGCCUGGUCCCCCUCCGACUUCCUUUCUUUUCGGGAAUAUUCCUGAUAUCACACACCGACAAAGCUGGAAAAGAUGGAAGGUCAUGGUGGAUACCUAUGGGACUGUUUCGAGGCUUCAGGGAGUACUUGGGAUGCGCGUCCUGCAUGUCGCGGAUCCCAAGGCGCUGCAUAGCAUUCUCAUCAAAGACUCGGAGCAUUACCCCAAGAAGGUAGAACCGUCGACGGAGAUGCAGGUGCUCAUCGGCCCGGGGCUGCUGACGACAGAAGGGCACCAGAACAGGAAGCAGCGCAAGCUACUGAACCCCGUCUUCUCCGUCGCACACCUCCGCAACAUGACACACAUCUUCUAUGGUAUCACGCAUCGGCUCCAGAAAGCGAUCGAGACCCGCGUGGGCAAAGACGGUGGAGUGAUCGAUGUCAACGGAUGGAUGGCGCGCACCACGCUCGAGAUGCUCGGACAGGCGGGCCUUGGGUACUCCUUCGAUAACUUCAUCGACGACUCAACAGACGCAUACGGAGAGUCGCUCAAGUUAUUCUUUCCUAUCAUGAGCCGCAUCCCGCUUCUGUCGAUCGCCGUCCCCAAGCUAUCCUACGUUCUUCCGGACUGGCUUAUACACAAGCUGCUCCAUCUGGUGCCGCAUCGCGACUUCAAGCGUAUGAUGGAGAUUUCGGACACGAUGGCGCGUCGCUCGCUCGAGAUCAUCAACGAGAAGAAGAGCGCGCUUCUCAAGGGCGACGACGCGCUCGUGCAUCAGGUCGGGGAGGGAAAGGACAUCAUGAGUCUCCUACUGAAAGCGAACAUGAUCGCGUCUGAGGGAGAGAAGCAUACCGACGAGGAGCUUGUUGCUCAGAUGUCCACCUUUAUCCUCGGCGGCAUGGAUACCACGUCCAACGCGCUCUCUCGGAUUCUGCACUUGCUCGCUCAGAAGCCUGAGGUGCAGGAGCGGCUCCGGCAGGAAAUACUCGAGGCGCGCGGUGGCGACGACAUCGCGUACGACGAUCUCGUGAAGCUCCCAUACUUGGAGGCCGUGUGCCGCGAGACGAUGCGUCUCUACCCGCCCGUGCAGUUUGUCAUACGCGCAGCCGCAAAGGACAUGACCCUCCCUCUCUUCAAACCGAUCCAAGCCCGCGACGGCUCUCCCAUGAGCGAGGUGGCGGUCCCCAAAGACACCAUGAUCGUUCUGCACUCGUGGGGAUGCAACACAAACAAGGCCGUCUGGGGCGACGACGCAUACGAGUGGAAGCCGGAGCGCUGGCUGGGCGAGCUGCCGAAGGUGCUCGAUGAGGCCCGCAUCCCAGGGGUGUAUUCGAACCUCAUGACGUUUUCCGGCGGUGGAAGAGCAUGCAUCGGUUUCAAGUUCUCCCAGCUGGAGAUGAAGGUCGUCCUCUCGGUCCUGCUUUCAGCGUUCAGGUUCGAGACGUCUGAAAGACCAAUCACUUGGAACUCCUCCGCGGUGAUAUACCCAACGACGGGCGACAUGAACACCCAGCCUCAGAUGUUCCUGAAGUUAAGCAAGAUCGCCUAG